UUAUUUGUAAAAUGAAUGGAACACUUUUGUUCUUUUUGUGGUGUUGGAUUAAAUCAUAUUAUUGUGUGGUGUACGAUUAUAGAAUCAUAUAAGUAUAAUAAUGGACAUAAUCAUUCUGAUUAUUGCUCAUAUAGAACAUUGUUAAAGCUCCUUCUUUUUCAAUGGCUUCUGUUUUAGAAAGUCUUCCGUACAAUAAUUUUUCAUAUUGAAGAUACAAUACUUGAAAAUGUUUGCUUCGAGUGACUGUCAUCAAGCAAUAAUAUGUAAGCUUAAAGGACCAAUUCUCUACAUGACAAACUGAAAGAAACUGACACCAUUGAUGUUAUCUGAGUGUAAUGUCAAUCUAUGACACCGCCAUGUUUAUAUUCACUAUAAUGUUAUUUGGACAUUCUAAAUCCUCCAGUACGCUCUCAGUUUAAAAAAAAUUGCCAAGUGUGUUUUCUUCUUGGACCCAAAUCCUGAAGCUUUGUUUCGAUCUUGUUUCCGUAACCCGGCUCGCGCACACACGCACAAAGACACAGACGAUUCCCGAUACUGAAGUUUAAUAAAUAUAUCAUUUGCGAUAAGAUUGUUAGAGGUUCAGAUGAAAGUUAUGAUCGUCACUCAUAACAACAUAAUCGUUGGUUUGGAAUGUUAUAGAAAUCAGUGAUUAGAAAAGGGAAAAAAAAAGACAACACUAUUUGGUCAACAAAGUUCUUAUUUCCACAUGUUCAUGUAAUGAACACACAUGUUUCGGUUUGUUUAGAUAAACAGAAGUGUACAUUUUGUUUUGUUUUAUUGUUGGAGUUUACGAUAAAAUACGUGGAAGAGAAAGAACAAACAGGAAUAAUUUCAAGUUUUAUUUCAAAAUUAUUUCAAGGUUUUUUUUUAGGUUUUGUUAUCCUUGAAAGGAGAACAUUUUGAAAACACACUUGACUGCUACACAACGGCAUAGUGUGAAGGGGAAUAACUGCGCUGGGACCAUAUGAUUGAAUUCUAACUGGUUUUUAAGAAACAUAAAUAUUAAUUUUAGUGUAUCGUCUGCGGCCGUAUUGUUACUGGAUAUAAAAAGGAAAAAAAAAGAUUGAUUUCUGUAUUGGAUUACGACUACAUACUUGUUGGAUAUAAUCAAGUUAUCGCUUUGUGCCGGUUUCUGGAUAUCUACUUACUGGAUACAUUGGAUAUAAAGUAUCUUACUGGAUAUAAAACAACGGAGGCUGUCUGGAAACAAGACCAACAACCCUUCUCUGCAAUGAAAGUUUGUCACUGCAAGCCACUUUCAGCUGAAAAAUGACUGCCUUUCACAAGCUGAAGCGACUUGUCAUCAUGCUGCCUUCGUUGGUCGCCCUGGUGAUGGUGUCCACCUCGAAAGCAGCCAAGGUCCUGGAACCGGUCAUGAUCUCCGCCCUUCUCCCGCACGCCAAACAUUACCAGUUCACGCAUCAAAAGAUAGCCCCUGCCAUAGAAAUAGCCAUUGACAAAGUGAAGGCUCCAGGUGGGCCUCUGCAUGGUCACAACGUCACAAUUUUAUACGGGAAUUCCGAAUGUUCCAGCAGCCAUUCUAUGAACGAGGCUAUCAACUUAUUUGUGAACAAAAAAACUCACAUUUUCCUAGGUCCGACCUGUGCCUUCGCUGUAGCUCCAUUGGUCAGGCAAGCCAAAUUUUGGAAUGUCCCGGUUGUGUCGCCAACAUCAACAGAGGCGUUUCAUAAAGAACAUGAUGAAUACAGUAUGCUGACCAUGGUUGGAUAUAAUAGCGUACAGCUCGCUGACUCAAUCUAUAAAUUGAUAAAGCUCUUCAGUUGGACGAAAAUGAAAAUGUUGUACGAACCAAACGGCGACAAAACCAUGCCCAGUCUUUGCCACUUCGUGAUCGACUGUAUUGACAAGUAUUUGAACGACGAGUAUAAACAGAUGCCGUACUUCAAGUUUGAACAGACCAGUGCCAUGCUAGCCGACAUGGAGAAAGAGAUAGGUACAGACAACGCAGUUAUCGUGCUCUGUGCCUCCCCCUACUCAGUACGCGAGAUUAUGAUCAAAGCUCAUGAAUUGAAUUUCGACAAUGGAGAAUACGUCUUCUUCAAUAUCGAUCUCUUCACCAGCAAAAACUCCAGUGAGAGGCCGUGGUACAACGAAUCGGACACUGCAGAAAGAAACGAUAUGGCUAAGAAAGCGUACGAAGCCUUGAUGACCGUCACCUUGAGGAAACCGACGAACGAGAAGUACCGAGAGUUCUCUCAGGAUGUCAAGAGGAGGGCGGAGCAGCGGAACUUUACGUAUGGUGAAGAUGAGGUGAACAGUUUUGUGGGCGCCUUCCACGACGCCGUUAUUCUGUACGCCAUCGCCCUGAAUGAGAGUUUGGCAGAUAACAUCUCGAUAUCCAACGGCUCGGAAAUUACCAAGCGAAUGUGGAACAGAACGUUUACAGGUAUUACGGGCAACGUUAGCAUUGAUGAAAAUGGCGACAGAAAUGCGGACUACUCACUGCUGGACAUGGAUCCAAAUACAGGCAAAUUCCGGGUGGUGGCCAACUAUUUCGGCAACUACAAACAGUACGAGCAAGUGGCUGGGGAAGAGAUCUUCUGGGCAGGAGGGCGCAAGGAACCCCCGCCCGACACCCCACAGUGUGGUUUUGACGGAUCAAAGUGUCCCCCGGAAGAGCCGUUCCCCCUCUACGUCAUCGUCAUCAUUGUCCUUGGCUCCAUCAUCAUCCUCGUUCUCAUCAUCUCCUUCCUGGUGUACAGACAUAUCAAACUAGAGGCGGAGCUGGCUGAGAUGAACUGGAGGGUCAAAUGGGAAGACAUCUUGUUUGGCUCACCUGGGAAGAAUAAGAAAUUGGAGCGUCAAGGGAGCCGCAUGAGUCUGAACCGGAGAAAUUCCUAUCACAGCUCUUGCUCAGGGGACACAAUCGCAGCUCAUCUUAAUAAUGAGAACAGACAGCUGUUUACAAAAACAGGAUAUUAUAAAGGUGCUAUAGUUGCCAUCAAGACGAUUGUCAGAACGAAUAUAACAUUACAUAAACCACUACUUUUAGAGAUUAAAGGGAUCAAAGAUUUACAAAAUGAUCACAUUGUCCGUUUUGUGGGGGCAUGCAUCGACCCACCCAAUCAGUGCAUCAUCACAGAGUAUUGUCCUAAAGGCAGUCUACAGGACGUCCUAGAGAAUGAUGAAAUCAAAUUGGACUGGAUGUUUCGAUAUUCAAUCAUGCAGGACAUUGUUAGGGGCAUGGCAUAUCUCCACAGCAGUGAAAUCAAGUCCCAUGGUAAACUCAAGUCAACAAAUUGUGUUGUAGACAGCCGGUUCGUCGUCAAAAUCACAGACUUUGGUCUUCACCAUCUCAGGAAGACAGACGAAGAUCCAGACGAUGAAACUUUUGCGACAUAUCAAAAAAUGUUAUGGACAGCGCCAGAACUACUUAGAAUGGCUCAGAGACCACACGAAGGUACUCAGAAAGGUGACGUGUACAGCUUCGGCAUCAUCUGUCAAGAGAUUGUCUACAGAAACGGUGUCUUCUAUCUUCAGAACCUAGAUUUUACACCGAAAGAGAUCAUUGAAAAAGUCAAGAACGCCAUCAAACCCCAUUUUCGUCCAACGAUGGAGACAUUCGAUUGCCCCACUGAUGAGCUGGCUGGGGUGAUCAAGAAAUGCUGGGCGGAGGAUCCCGCGGACAGGCCGGACUUCCAAAUGCUUAAAGGACAAAUCAGAAAAUUGAACAGAGACGGAGAUAAAGGCAAUAUCCUGGACAACUUGCUCUCUAGAAUGGAGCAAUACGCCAACAAUUUGGAAGCCCUGGUUGCAGAAAGAACAGCAGACUACCUUGAGGAGAAGCGGAAAGCAGAGGAUCUGUUGUACAGUAUGUUGCCUAGGUCAGUAGCAGUUCAACUCAUCAAAGGCGAGUCUGUGAUGGCAGAGACAUACGAACACGUGACAAUCUACUUUUCAGAUAUAUGUGGUUUUACCGCCCUGUCAGCGGAGAGUACCGCCAUGCAGGUUGUUGAUUUACUCAAUGAUUUGUACACAGCUUUUGAUACAGUGGUCUCCCGUUUCGAUGUAUACAAGGUAGAAACGAUUGGAGAUGCCUAUAUGGUGGUGUCGGGUCUUCCGGUGCGUAACGGUAACCUUCACGCCAGAGAGAUCGCAAGAAUGUCUUUAGCUCUUCUGAAGGAGACAUAUGGUAUUAAAGUAAGGCAUAAACCUGAUUACCAGCUCAAACUAAGGAUAGGUAUCCACUCAGGUUCAGUAUGUGCAGGGGUAGUCGGUCUUAAAAUGCCUCGGUACUGUCUGUUUGGCGACACGGUGAACACAGCCUCCAGGAUGGAGUCCAACGGUGAAGCAUUGAAGAUUCACGUCAGCCCCCAAACCAAAGAUAUCCUGGACACUUUUGGAACAUUUAAUCUGGUCUUAAGAGGAGAAGUGGAAAUGAAGGGCAAAGGUGUACAAACCACAUAUUGGCUGCUAGGUGAGACCCCUCCUUACAAUGCUACUCCUGUCACCUCUCAUGGCAUCUUGUGACAUGCGCUGCUCUAGACAGCUAUGCAAAAAGCUGAAGUCAUUGUAUGUCUACAAUCAAGACAUCUGCUUAGACUUGACUGCAGAGGCAGACACAGACAAAUGAUGCUAAAUAUAAAAAAUAAUCUUUUCCAAAAUAUUUUUUUUUUUCAUUAUGUAAAUCUUUUAGGAAUUAAUUUUUUAAAGAAUGCACUAAAUUAAUUUUUUUUUUUAUCUGCAAUUACUAUGCCAGUUUUAAUGUAAAAAAAAAACAACUCAAAUUUUCAAUUGAGAUGUGUGUUAGUGCGGUCAUGAGAUUGGUUUGGCAUCUCAAAAGAUUCUAGUGUCACAACUUUUAUAUAUAUAUUUAAAUCUUUAAGAACUGAGAGCUAAGAGGAAGGCAGAUCUGAACAAAAUUUUGACUUUUUUUUUUAUUAAUGAUUCAUUACGUCCGAACACCAAGUCAUAUUUUCAUUGGUGCUUUUGUUUGAAUUGGAAAGCAAGCAGACAUUUUUCACCAUUAUUUUUAGACAGUGCCUGGCGAGUUUUGUGUUAAUGUAUGACUUUGUGACAUUAAUUGUAUAACUACGUAGUUAGCACUUUUUUUUUGUGUUUGUUGAGAAACAUUAUUUUAGAAUAACAAAUAAUUUUAUUUCAAACAAGUUGUUAUUAUUGUGACUUCAUUUUUUCUAUGUAGUAUUUUAAUUCUUUGUAGAUUGUAACAUUUUGGGGAUAUUUUAUCUAUCACCCAUAUAUUUAUUUAUUUUGUUUGACAGCAUUGGUUAUGUGUAUAAAUUAUGUAUGUAAUAUUAUUAUAUUACAUGUGUACAUAAUAGUGAUAAUUAUGUUUGACAGUGUGCGUGUUUGAGUUAAUUUUAACUUGCAUCAAGCUGGUGUGCUACACAAUAUAAUUUUUCAUUGAGGAAAACAAAAAUGAAAGAAAAUUUAAAAUAUUUAUUAGUGGUGAGGAAUAAAGAGUAUAAAAAAGUAGGCCUAUAUAAAAGUAUACAAAAUUUUAUAUUUGAUAGAAAGUAACUAUAAUAUGGCCGACAUUUAACAUAACACUAUUUUUUUUAUAGAUUUUAAAUCAAGAUUUCAGUAACGAAAAAUGAAGAAAAAUAUAAGAAAUAAAAAAACACACUAAAUAUUAAAUAAAAAUAUAACUGAAAUAGAAAGAAUUAAUUUCAGCAGAAAGAAAAAGCUGUAUAUGAAAUGCAUUAACUUUUUUAAUUACUGAAACCAAUUACUUUUUCUCAUUUCAUGGUCAUUUCUUUUAAUGAGAAUGAUUAGAGUCCUUUGAUCUAAAUAUCAUGUGAACAUUUCAAUUAUCAGCUAUAACAGUGAGCUCUGUUUGCCAGGUGUGAAAGACUGCCCCUCAAAUAUGUUGUAAGUAUAUUCAAAUAUAUGUGAUCAUAUUUCCGACUUAAGGAUUAAUUUGAUUUUUUUUUACAUAAAAGCACAAAACAUAUCUUCAUGUUUUUUAUGUAUAUACUAUAGCUAGCUAUGUUUUUACAACUAGAUCUAGAUCUAAUGAUACCAAUAGUCUUAGUCAAUUUCAAGUAAUAAAAUAAGGAAAAGUCAAGGGAGAUAAGCAACACACAAACACUAACAACUUGCUAGCAGAAGUUGUUAGGUGACAUCUGCAGCAGAAUGAUUGAGCUAAUUUCAUCAAGCACAAAAUAACUAUGUUAGCAGCCACUUUACAUUUCAAACUCACAAUUCGGUAAGGUGUUGUAUCAUAGCAUACUAUGUUAAUAGUAAAUACAAUGCUUGAAGUGAGAAUAAUCUCUCCUUGCCACUAGUUCAAGAGUAAAGCUCAAAUGUGUCACAAGAUUUCCUUCUGAGGGCAUAAAUGUAUCCAUUAAUGUUAUGUAGAACUAUGUUAAGUUUGUAAUGAAGUUGAGAUCAUCAUAUUUGUAUAAUGUGCAAAAUGGAUUGCUGCCUGGUCAUAUGAUAUGUGCUCUAGACUGUUAUUUUGAUCAUCCCAGCGCGCUCCCAGCCGAUGCUAUCUUGCUGAAGGUUUGAACUAGGUUGUUAUAAUCUUCGAUUCCAAAGGAACAUCCAAAACAUGCAAAAAAAAAAAAAAAAAAAUCACACAUUUAGAAGGCUUUUGUGUACGUUUCAAUUUAUUAAUGAAAUUUUAUAAAAGUUGUAAUGAAAAAAUCUACUUUCUUAAUGAAUAAAUCUACUUUUAAAAUGUACACAAUUUUCAUCUUAGUGGGUGACAUUCUAAUAUGUGCACCACCAAUCAUUUGCUGUGUGGAUUCAUAUCAUUUAGACACUUUUGCAAUAUUUUUGUCCUAAACAGGCUCUUGAGAAAGAUGAUAGUAAUAGCAGUGUUGUAAUAUUUAAUAUAAUGUACUGGUCUCUUUACAAUUAAGUUAUACCGGUAUUAUUUUUAUAUUACCUAGACAUAUUGUAUAAGUUUAAUCUUUUCUUGUCUUCAAAAGACCACUGUCCAUUUUCUUAGCUAUAUACCACCACAUGUAAAAGCAUAUUUAUUUUUAUUCAACAUUGUCAGUUUAUACAAUCAACAAUGACUAUUUAUUUCUCCAUUCUUGUGUCCACUCAAACCAAUUUAAACCAAUGUACUUUCACUCCCUUUCUUACCGCCAACUUAUACUUUUUUUUGUGUCAACCAAAGUUGUCAGCAUUUUAUAAACUUUAUUUUGUUUUCCUUUUUUUAUUUUACAUUUUUAAGAGAUGGUUUGUUUGUUUUUUUCUUAGCACUUUGAAUUUUAUUUUGUUUGCACCUUUAUAUAAAAGUUUACAAAAAAAACUAUAUUGAUUCUUGUCAAGUGGGAUUAUUUUAAAAUGAAUGAAGAACAGCAAAGGUGUCAUCUUAGCCUUUUUAUUGUGAACAAGUUCAUCACUGUUAUGAUAACUAAUUCUUUUGUGUCUGCUUCUACACUGAAACUAUACCUUACAAACUGUAAUUUUCAUGUAUUUUUUCUCAAACUUGUCUCACAAAUUUUUUUUUUUAGUUUAUAUAUAUAAUAUAUAUAUAUAUAUAUAUAAAAUUUUAAACAAUAAAUUUGAUUUAUGAUUCCACAAGAAAUAAACUGAUAUCAUAAAUGCA